AUGGAGCGAGACAUUCGACGAGAUCGCGGCCAAUGGCGCGGAUGCCACACCUUCAACGACAUCACCAUCGACGAUGACUUUGGAGCGCGGGACAAGAAACGCAACGGUGGCUUGAAAAUGGGCAACACCUAUUACUACUACUAUGAGCUUGACGGUACCCAUGAAGCUCACAACCCUGCUUUGCCGACCACCACGCAAUGCCCGUAUUUGCCAGGACAAACUGUAAACACUCUGGAAGUUCCAUACGAGAUGGCGGCGGAACGCAAGCGCAGCGCAUCAUUGGGCUCUCUUCACCAGGGCGAGUACAGGACCAUGAACCCGGAGGACAAGUUCAUCACUCCCCGCCCACCACCACCCAUCCCCGGCAGUCCCCACCAGCGCCUGGGCUCCGCCCCCGCGGCUCCACCUUCCAGAGCGAUCGCACGCUCUGGCUCAACCUCACCACCACCCACAUGGCGCCGUCUCUUCUCCAGGAAGCCCUCCACCAGCCGCAGCACAGAGCGUGGGCGCCAGAUGGACGACGAUGAGCGUCCUGUUUCUCCGUACUCAUACACCCACUCCGACGACAGCAGAAGCGAGUCUUCAGACGGCAGCCGUACGCGCGAUCUCUCCCCCGAGAGCUUGCGCAGGUUUCUCUCCGAUGAGAACCCGUUCGCAAGGGCCAAUGAGAAUCGGCCCACUGUUUACAUCCCUGAUGAUAUUGUGGAAGAGAUCGAGGACGACGAGAACUUCGCGUCUUCAGCCCUCUCCGAAAUUAACCACUACGCUACCAGCCUGUCACCACCGCCUUUCAAGCGCUCCCACUCUGACAGCACCCUACCCACCGUGAGCAACGUCAAGGUGCUCACUCGUGAGAAGAAGUACUCUCCUCUUCCUCCUCUGCCUAUCAAAGAACUUGAGGAGAUCGCUCCCGCCUCACGCUUCUCAUUUUCAUCCGACUCAAGCGUCGCCUCUUCUAUCGAGCCCAUCUCCCCUGAGGAUGAGGCUCCUUCCUUCUACGACUCUACCGACGAUGACCGCUUCUCUAACGAGAGUGGCGUCAACUACGUCCAGCCUCUAUCCCUACCCGGCUCAAGAAAGCCCUCUUUGGAGCAGAAUUACAGCCUGCCCCGUGCACCUGGUAUCAAGAACCACCCAGGUGUCACCACUACUGUGGUCUCAGCACCUACCGACAACCAGCUCGAUGACUUGGUCAACGAGAUGGGUUGGAUGGUCGACAUUAUCCGGGGCAAGGGUGUCUAA